AACACAGUGUACGGUUUAUAUACUAAUACAUUUAAUAGAAGCUUUGUACAAAACAUGGUUAUUGUGUGUUGAAAACCCAAAUGGUCAGCUCAUCAGGGCUUCUUUAGGCCUCCGUCUGGGGGAUACGUCCCUGCAAAACCUGGCGCCCCAGAUGCUGCUUGUCCUGAAUGAGCCAACCAGUCACCUUCAGCUUGACAAGGUACACAACACUCAGCUGUUUGUGUCGUCAUCGCAGCUCUUUGACCACCGGACGGCGCUGUAGAUGAUACCUUCACAUAAUGAGGAUGCCACAUGCAACACUGACUGGAUCGCCUGAAUAAUUCAGAGGCUUGUUUCAUCGGACACCAGCAACUUUAGACUUUGACGUAUGGCUUACAGACUGACUGUAUGUGUAAUUGAUGAGACGGGGAGCACUUCAUCACUCAGUGGAAGUUGCAUUGAACACAAGUUGCCAACGCAUGUUUAAGGUCAGCAAAAGAAUGUCGGGUAGUAGUUUUUUCAGUUUUGGGGUUAAACUGCAUCUUCUCGCACUGUGAUUUAAAAUUAGGUAACUUUUUAGAAUGUUGCAAAAUGUGAAAAACUGACUGCGUUUAGAACAGCAGUCACUUAAUUUAAAGGGCAAUAAUAUAAUACAACCAUUACAAAUAAAGCUCCAUUUUUCUUACCAUUUUGAAUAUGAGAAUACUUAUCAAACAGAAUUUGAGCUGUGCAAUUAGUUUUACAGUCAAAUUAGUUUUAUCACUUGCAUUAAAGGCUCAACUGUUUAGGAAGCAGGCCAAGGCACAUCUUAGAAUAAAACCAAAAAGCUUCUUCAUAAAUGCUUUGCAAUGUUCAGAGCCUGGAGGCUUUGUGGAUUGGCAGAUUCUGCUCAGAGUGACGUCUCUCAGCAGCCCCUAGUUAUAGUUACCAGUCUCAGGUUCAACACUCAUGCACUAUUCAUUGGUGUAUCGCAUCACUCCUGCUCAACUCCAGACUGGGACAAACACAUUUCUUUUCUGUAGAACUUUACUUUGUUGCCUUAUUCGCCCCGUCGAGUAAAUGUCUAAAAUGUGUACGUAGUUUUGCUCUAAUUUCAGAGAAAACUAAGUUCAGGGGGAAGUUUCCGGUGCAGGAGCUACAGAGGAGGUCAAGAACACAUUAUUGUAUGAGCACAGAAGCUAAUUUAGAACCAUGAAGCGCAGUAAGCACCGUGGAAACAAGGAGGAGAAGAACGGAGAUGAGCCAGCGAUUUUAGAGACAGAGAACCUGGAUCGGCAGCUCAUGAAAGGCCCGGACCCUGACACUAUCUCACUGGCUUCAGUCACAGCUGUCACCACCAAUGUAUCUAAUAAGAGAUCAAAACCAGACAUCAAGAUGGAGCCCAGCUCUGGAAGACCAGUGGAUUAUCAAGUGAGUGUGACAGUGAUUGAGGCCAGACAGCUGGUGGGAUUAAAUAUGGAUCCAAUGGUCUGUGUGGAGAUUGGAGAUGAUAAAAAGUACACCUCGAUGAAGGAAUCAACCAACUGUCCAUACUACAAUGAAUAUUUUGUGUUCGACUUCCACGUCCCUCCAGACGUUAUGUUUGACAAAAUCCUAAAGUUGUCUGUAAUCCACUCCAAAAACCUCUUGCGGAGUGGAACUCUGGUUGGAACAUUUAAACUAGAUGUAGGCACAGUCUAUUCCCAUCCAGAGCACCAGUUUUACCACAAAUGGGCUUUGUUGUCCGACCCUGACGACAUCACAGCAGGAUGUAAAGGCUACAUUAAGUGCGAUGUUGCAGUUGUGGCAAAGGGAGACACUAUAAAAACUCCACACAAGGCCAACGAGUCAGAUGAGGAUGACAUUGAGGGCAAUCUCUUAAUACCAGAGGGAGUACCUGCAGAGAGACAAUGGGCCCGCUAUUACCUGAAAAUCUACAGAGCCGAGGGACUCCCAAGAAUGAACACCAGCAUUAUGGCCAACGUCAAGAAAGCGUUUAUAGGGGAAAAUAAAGACCUGGUUGAUCCUUAUGUCCUAGUACAGUUUGCUGGGCAGAAGGGGAAAACGUCAGUUCAAAAGAGCUGCUACGAACCCAUAUGGAACGAGCAGAUUGUUUUCACCGAGAUGUUUCCACCACUGUGCAAACGCAUGAAAAUCCAGAUCCGUGACUCAGAUAAGGUGAACGAUGUUGCUAUGGGAACACAUUUCUUGGACCUGAAGAAGAUUUCCAAUGAUGGCGACAAAGGAUUCCUUCCUACAUUGGGACCUGCCUGGGUUAACAUGUACGGCUCGACACGUACCUACACCCUGAUGGACGAGUACCAGGAGUUAAACGAAGGACUCGGAGAGGGGGUGUCCUUCAGGGCCCGUCUCCUCAUCAGCCUGGGUGUGGAGAUCCUGGACACGUCCUCGCCUGAGAUUACCAGCUCCACAGAGGUGCAGAUAGAGGGAAUACCCAACAUCUCAGAGGCUGCUACGGGCAAGGUUGAGGAGUUUUUUCUUUUUGGAUCUUUUCUGGAAGCAACAAUGAUUGACAGGAAGAUUGGUGAUAAGCCUAUCAACUUUGAGGUCACCAUAGGUUACUAUGGAAACGAGAUAGAUGGGGUCAUCAAGCCAAAUGCACAGGGAAAAAAAGGUAGGGGUGAUGGGGAUGAAGAGGAAACUGAGCUGAUCCAUAAUUCCAGUGAUGAGGAGAUUGAGGAUGAUGGAGACUUGACUUCAGUGGCAACUACACCUCCCAUGAAGCCAGUCGUCACUGACCGAAACUACUUCCACCUUCCAUAUUUUGAGAGGAAGCCGUGUAUCUAUAUCAAGAGUUGGUGGCAGGACCAGAGAAGGAGGCUGUACAAUGCCAACAUCAUAGACAACAUUGCUGAUAAACUGGAGGAUGGCCUGAACGAUGUGCAAGAAAUCAUUAAAACAGAGAAGACCUACCCUGAGCGCAGACUUAGGGGAGUCCUUGAGGAGCUCAACCAAGGAUGCAGCCAGUUUCUUUCUCUUGCGAACAAGGACCAGAAUCAGUCUGGUAGAACCAAACUUGACAAGGAGAGACUGAAGCUUUGCUUGGCAGAAGUGGAUUCCAUCGGACAGCAAGCUAAGGUCAUGAGGACACAGGUGAAGAAAAGCACAGUGAGAGACAAACUCAAGCUGGCUCAGAACUUCCUCACAAAGCUGCGCUUCCUGGCUGAUGAACCUCAACACAGUGUUCCCGAUGUGUUUGUAUGGAUGAUAAGUAAUGGAAAGCGCAUUGCUUAUGCACGUGUCCCCUCCAAAGACCUCCUUUACUCCAGUAUAGAUGAGGAGAGGGGAAAGGACUGUGGCAAAGUCAAGACAAUUUUUCUCAGGAUUCCUGGAAAGAAAGGUUUUGGGCCUGCUGGCUGGACCGUGCAAGCCAAGUUGGAAAUUUAUUUGUGGCUGGGCCUGAACAGGCAGCGCAAAGACUACCUGAGUGGACUCCCUAAUGGAUUUGAGGAAAACAAAUUGUCCAAAGGACCUGGCCUGCCAGCCUCACCUCCCAUCAGCCUUACCUACAUGAUGAAGCAGAUCUUUCAGCUCAGGGUCCACAUGUAUCAGGCUCGCAGCCUGUUUGCUGCUGACAGCACAGGUCUGUCUGAUCCCUUUGCAAGAGUCUUCUUCUCAACACAAAGCCAAGUCACGGAGGUGCUGGCUGAGACGCUCUGCCCCACGUGGGACCAGCUGCUGGUCUUUGAGAACGUAGAGCUGUUUGGAGAGGCCAACGAGCUGCGAGACGACCCUCCUAUCAUUGUGAUUGAAAUCUAUGAUCAAGACACAGUGGGUAAAGCUGACUUUAUGGGCAGAACCUUUGCCAAGCCUACUGUCAAGAUGGCCGACGAGCACUACGGACCCCCGCGCUUCCCUCCACAGCUGGAGUACUAUCAGAUCUACCGUGGGAACGGUGCUGCUGGAGAAAUGCUGGCAGCAUUUGAACUGCUGCAGAUUGGUCCAAAUGGGAAAGCUGACCUUCCUCCAAUAGAUGGUCCCACAGAUACAGACCGCGGCCCCAUCAUGCCCGUUCCACUGGGCAUCAGACCGGUGCUCAGCAAAUACAGGAUUGAGGUUUUGUUCUGGGGAUUGCGAGACCUGAAGAGGGUGAAUCUGGCUCAGGUGGACCGGCCUCGCGUGGAUGUCGAAUGUGCCGGGAAGGGAGUUCAGUCAGCCCUCAUCCCCAACUACAGGAAAAACCCCAACUUCAGCACCCUCGUCAAGUGGUUUGAAGUGGAUUUGCCAGAGAAUGAGUUGCUUCACCCUCCACUGAACAUCCGGGUGGUGGACUGCAGGGCUUUUGGUCGCUACACUCUGGUCGGCUCCAAUGCUGUCGCCAGCCUGCGAAAGUUUAUCUACAGGGGACAAGACAAGCAAGUCAACAACUAUAAUACAACAGAGGAGAUUAUCGUGGUUAACAUGGAACCUGAGCCCAACUUUAAGAAAAUGGACACUGUGGUGAAACUUGACUCUUGCUCUGACGCUGUGGUCAAAGUCGAGGAUGAUGAGAAGGAUGGAAAGGGGAAAAAGAAGAAGAGGAAGAAGGGUGAUGGUGAGGUUGAGGAAGAGGAACUUGACGAGAGCAUGCUGGACUGGUGGUCCAAAUAUUUUGCCUCAAUUGAAACUUUGACAGAGUCACUAAGAGCUCAAGAAGCAGCUCUGUCAGAUUCAGAGGACAAGGACGACAUGGACAUUGCAGAUGGGGAUAUCAAACCCGAUGACUCGUCUGUGAAAGGCACCAAGAGAGGAAAAGGAAAGAAAAAGAGGCCAGCGGUCGACCCCUAUGAGAAGAAGAAGCCAAAACUGGAUGAGCUGAAGGUGUUUCCAAAGGAGCUGGAGACUGAAUUUGACAACUUUGAGGACUGGCUUCACAGUUUUAAUCUGUUCAGGGGAAAGGGUGGCGAUGAUGACGACCAAAACGUGACAGAUGAAGACAGGAUUGUUGGGAAAUUCAAAGGCUCAAUGUGCAUCUACAAAGUGUCAGAUGAUCUGCCCAGAGACAUGAGCAUAGAUACCAACAUGGGAAUGUUUCAGAACAUACCUCACAACGAUCCUAUUAAUGUUCUUGUUCGCAUUUAUGUCAUCAGGGCAACAGAUCUUCAUCCAGCUGACAUUAAUGGAAAAGCUGACCCAUACAUCGCAAUCAAACUUGGAAAGACAGAGAUCAAGGACAAAGAGAAUUACAUCUCCAAACAGCUAAAUCCGUUGUUUGGCAAGUCCUUCGAUGUGGAGGCAACGUUUCCAAUGGAUUCCACUCUCACUGUAUCGAUUUUUGACUGGGACCUCGUGGGAACCGAUGAUCUGAUUGGGGAAACCAAAAUUGACCUUGAAAACCGUUUCUACAGCAAACACAGAGCCACGUGUGGAAUUGCACGCAACUAUUCUAUCCAUGGCUACAACGUUUGGAGGGACCCAAUGAAACCCACACAUGUCUUAGCUAAACUGUGCAAGGAUGGGAAGUUGGAUGGUCCUCACUACGGACCUGGAGGGAGGGUGAAGGUGGAGAACCGGGUCUUCAUGGCACCGACUGAGAUCGAGGAUGAAAAUGGUUUGAAGAAGCAGACCGAUGAACACUUGGCUCUGACCGUGUUAAAUCACUGGGAGGAAAUCCCGCGGGUCGGCUGCAAACUUGUCCCAGAACAUGUGGAAACCAGGCCACUGCUUAACCCCGACAAACCAGGAAUUGAACAGGGGAGAAUUGAGAUGUGGGUGGAUAUGUUCCCUAAGGACAUGACUGCACCUGGUCCUGCACUUGACAUUUCACCAAGGAAACCAAAGAAGUUUGAACUGAGGGUCAUCGUCUGGAACACAGAUGAGGUCGUUCUAGAAGAUGAUGACAUCUUCACGGGCGAGAAAUCAAGUGACAUAUUUGUGCGAGGUUGGUUGAAAGGGCAGCAGGAGGACAAGCAGGACACGGACGUCCACUAUCACUCCAUCACUGGGGAGGGAAACUUCAACUGGCGCUUCAUCUACCCGUUUGACUACCUCAUGGCAGAAGAGAAAAUUGUUAUCUCAAAGAAGGAGUCCAUGUUUGCCUGGGAUGAGACAGAGUACAAGAUUCCUGCUCGUCUUAACUUGCAAGUGUGGGAUGCUGACCAUUUCUCUGCAGAUGACUUCUUAGGUGCAAUUGAGCUGGACCUGAACCGUUUCCCACGUGGUGCAAAAACUGCCAAGCAGUGCACCAUAGAGAUGGUGACGAAUGAAGCAGAGAUGCCCAUGGUUUCCAUCUUCAAACAGAAGAGGAUCAAAGGCUGGUGGCCAUUUGUAGCCAGAAAUGAAGAGGAUGAGUUUGAACUCACUGGAAAAGUGGAGGCAGAGCUCCAUCUUCUUACGGGAGAGGAGGCAGAAAAAAGCCCAGCUGGUGAAGGACGCAAUGAGCCAGAGCCAUUAGAGAAACCCAACCGUCCAGACAACAGCCUUCUGUGGUUCCUCACUCCCCUCAAAGCCAUAAAGCACUUGGUCUGCAACCAGUACAAGUGGCUGUUCAUCAAGAUUGUCACUGCUCUCCUGCUGCUGGCCAUGCUGGCUCUUUUCCUCUACAGCAUGCCUGGUUACAUGGUCAAGAAAAUGCUGGGAGCUUGAGAUGUUGUUCAGACACCUCUGCAGAAGGUUCCAGCAAUUUCACUAACCAGAUGGCUUCUAACCCUCUCUCUGCACUUACUUUCUGUCCUGCUUUCACCCUGGGCUAAGUUAAUAGAAACCUUUUCAGCCUUUUGCAUCACAGCACCACUUCAGCUGUAGCUGUACUAUUAAUAUAAAAGCCUUUAUCAGUUCCGGAUGCUGUGACAUAAUUGACACUUGUUAUAUAAAAAAAAUAAGAAUAAAACCUAGACAGAAACACAUGUGAAAAUCAGUAUGAGCAAAAAGACAAUACUUUCACAGCUCUUCAGCACCAUAGCUCAGGAUUGCAGUGGAAGGCAUGUUCUAUGAAGAGGUGCUGAUGCAAGAAAGGAAAGGCCUGAGCAAUAACAAUGGGGAACACAGGUUGUGGCUUCAGCUUGAGGAAACAGUCAAGCCACGUGAAACAGAAAUUAUGCAUUGAAAUGAAACCAGCAUAGCCACACAGCUCAGUGACCGUAUCCAGGUUAAUCCAGUGAGUCUUACUUGAUCAGGAGGUGCUGAAGGUAAGAAGCAACAUCUGAAAGCAACGUAACCCAAAGGCAGAAAUGCUUUUGUAUCAUGAAGGUAUAACACGUAUACAUGUAUGUGUGCAUUUUCAAAACAACGUAGUGCUAAUACAUUGGUCAGAAAGAAAACAACCUCUCAUUGUACAAUCGUUUUAGGACAAAGUGUAAUUUUAGGCCAGUAAAUACUUCAUUAGUCCCAUUCUCUGUAUGCUGUGUGCUCUACAGGCAGUACCAAGCACAUGUAAAGUUUUGAUUGUUUCAGUUAGAAUAUGUCUCCUGGGUGGAGGAAGGCAGGUGUCAUUCACAGUAUGUGAAAAUCUGCUUUUAGAGUCAUGUUUGAAGUACAGAAUUGAUUAUUUGGUUUGCUGACUAACUUUGACUUUCUUUAAGACCCUUUGCAUUUCUGUGCUCCACCAGCCGUCCAGAUGUUGCCCUCCUCUGGUUCCUUAUCCCCUUCAAAGCUGCAAAACACCUGGUGUGCGACCAGUACAGGUGGCUGACCAUCAAGAUCGUCACAGCUCUUCUGCUGCUCGCCAUUUUGGCUCUGUUCUUAUACAACAUGCCCGGUUACAUGGUGAAGAAAAUGCUGGGAGCCUGAGUUACAAGCAGCAGAUGUUUUUUCCCUCAGAGUUUGCAUUGACUACUGAUUUGUAUUGUUUUGGAAGGUUUUUGCAAAUUAACAUUGGGCUCGUAAAAGAGCACUAUUAUAGAUAAUCUUGAGUGGAUUCAUCGCUGUGUUUAAUGUAGUCUAAAGUGUACAAAUUACAACACGUUGUUUCGAUUGGUGUGAUCGUGUUUUCUUUAUUCUCAUUAUAUUGGUGACCUUUGCUCAGUUAUGACAUCAAUUGGAAAUUUUUAAAUUAUUAUUAAUAAUUCCCAGUUGGUGACUGGUGUUACAUUUUACCAUGGUAUCCUGUUAAUGGGUUUACAGUAUGUAUGAUAGUUCAGAUUUGUGAAUAAACUGACCUCUGAUUGAUUCGUUUUCCCUGUAGUACUGUCAUCUGUGCGUGCGUAAUUGUGCUUUUCUUCCACUUCCUCUCCUUUCAAAAUAAAAUCACUCCAUGUUGUGUUGUGGCUGGGAUAUAAAUAAAUUAUAUCUCUUGUCUUGUCAGUUGGAAUAGAAAUAAUGAAGUGAAAGCACAAUAAAGUCGCUUCAUUAAACCACAGAAAACGAUCACACAAGAAAGCCUAGCCUAGCCUAGCUUAGCAUGAGAAGUGUAAUUUGUAUGCAUAAAAGUGCUGUACAGUUCAACAGAGUACUUGUUAAACAUUAUAAAAUAAAGCAUGAUAGGUGCCAAUACAAAAUAACCCAUCUGUUACCUUCAACAUGUGAACCAUUGUUUAACAUUCUUAACUGUUUAACUGUCACAAUAUAAAGAGGUCCCGCUUAAAC